AUGCUGGUGUUGCAUGUCCUGGGCACAUUCCAUGUUGUCUGGUGCUGUGUCUGGGCUGGAACAAACAGGUAUGACAAACAACGAAUUGAAAUUCGUCGUUUGUCGUUUGGUUGCCAUGUCACUGUCGGUGACGUGGCACCUGGCUUCUGUGUUACAGAUGGUGCUGGGCCCUCAUUUCCAUCCGACGGUGGUGCUGGGCAUUUGUUCAUGGUGGUGGCUGGCGGCGUGGUUGGUAUGUUUGCUGAUGGUGGUGGUUGGCGUCUGGUUGGCGUCAUGUGUUUGGAAGUCCGGUCUCAUGACUGGAAAAAGACCGUAACCAGACUGGACCAAGACCGCAAAAGACCGGACCUGCGGUUAUGGUCUUUUAUUUUUGAGAUGUAA